AUGUAUAGGGUAGGAAGUUGGACGGAAGUGGGCGUUGCUACGUUGUGCAAAAGUUAUAUUGUCUUGAAAUCCACAUGACCACACAAACAGCAAGUAAAACGUAGCUAGUUGCGUCAUUACGGUUACGCAAUGUUGUGGCAAAUCUGGAGGGAAAAAAUCAAGCAGCAAAGUUUUAUCUGGCUAAUAAAUGGUGUCAGCGGAGGAAACACAGAUUCGGAGGUUCGUUUCAGGACAACUCCGUGAUUGUCCUGACCUAAGCACAUUGACUCUUGGCAUCUUAAGAGGGCGGUAUUUGGCAUGUGUUGGCCGGGACUCACUAAACCAGGAGGACAGACAGUUGAUGAAGAGAGUGGUAGAGGAGGAACUGCUGAGGAUGCAGGUAAAGAUGUUUGACAGUGACAGCAGUGACAAUGAAGCCAUUAUCAACGUUACCCCGAUGCCUCUCCACAACAAACGGAAGAGGGGUGAGGAGGAGGAGAAAGGAGGCAGGACCAAAGCAGAUGGAUCCAAGGCAAAGAGAUCUCGGCUUCAGUCGGCCCAAUCAGAUUCCCCAGAUUCUGGACUCGAGAGAGUGGGAAAUGGAGAAAGGCAGAUGGCGGAAGAAGAGGAGGGGAAGGACAUGGGAAGUGUUGAGCAAGUUUCCCAAAUCGGCACCAAGAAAAACAAAGGGGGACACACAGGAGUACACAAUAGUGGGAAGACUGAAACUAGCUCAGAAAGUGAUGUUGAGAUCAAAACGGUGAAUCUGAGGAAGAGAGAACAUGACUCUGAAGUCGAGGAAGAAGAUUUUGAGGAGAACAAAAAGAGGAAACGAGAUGAAACCCACAAACAGGAAAAGGACCAAGUCAAUUCAGAAAGUGACAAAAAAAGAACGGGAGGAAAAGAAAAUGUGGAUGUGAAAGUGCAGAGCAAGUGUUUGAAAAGGAGGGAGAGUGGAAAUGGGUUAAAGGAAAAACCAUUGCAGAGAAGAGAAAGAGUGCAGGUUGUUGGGAGUGACUCGGAGCACAUUGGAGAGGCUGAAGUAAUGGCGCAGAAAGGGGUAAAAAUACAAAAAAAUGACAACGACUCCAGGUCAGAGAGUGAGGGAGAAAAGAAUGACGGUGCAUCUUCAGAGGAAGCCAGCGGGGGAGAGGAUGAAACCGAAGAAGUGAUGGCUAAGACGAAGGAUGAGCCAGCCCAAGACUCUGGCUCAUCCCUCCCAUCAUUGGAGGACGAACAGGAAAGUGAGGUCAGGCCAGAACAGGUGAAAAAGAGGAAGUCUGUGGCGAAGCGGCCAAUAAAGGGUGAGAGCAGUGAGAGUGGAUCCAAAGGUGGAAAGGACAACACGGCGGUAGCCAGGCUGAAGCGUUACAUCGCCCUCUGUGGUGUGAGACGGAAUUACAAGAAGCUCCUGGAUGGCUGCUGCUCCAUCAAGUCAAAGGUGGCUGUGCUGAAGAGGGAGCUUGAAGAACUGGGUGUCAAAGGCCAGCCUUCUAUAGAGAAGUGUAAGAAAGCCAGACUUAAGAGAGAGGAGGCUCAGGAGUUGGCAGACCUAGAUGUCUGCAACAUCAUAACUACACAAGGUCGUCCAAAGCGGAGAGGGGUGUCCAUAUGGCAGCAACAGUCCUCCCCUCCAUCCUCUGCUUAUAAGCGUGUAGUCAACUCAAGCUCAGACAGUGAUGAGGACAGUCACGCAGGCAGGGGGCGCAAGAGAGCCACAGACUGGAGUAAUCUGCAGGGGAUCAUCAGUGAUGAUGCAGACAGCAACUGACAGGCUUUGCUCUUCUGGUCAGGAGGAUCAAGUUGCCUCCAGACUAGAAGUCUUCACAGGUCCAAAAAGUUGGACCGGUACCGAAAUGGACCUUGGGCUUUCCCACCCGGACCCGAUAUGCAUAAAACAUUCUAGACCCGUUCCUGGUCGGCUCCACACCCGAUCCGAAUGAGAAAAGCAACAGAAAAGUAUUAUUUUUUUAAGCUACUUUAUUCUGGAAACGAACCCGACCGAGUAUUUGGGUACAGAUGGGUCCGUGAAGACCUUCACUUUUGCAUUUUCCUCUACACUAUGGAAGCUUAGUUGCUGGUUGUUUUACUGCCCAUUUUAGCUUAAUGUUGUCUGUAUGGUUCUCAGAUACACAUGAUUAAGGCCUAGAUUCAAUCAGACCAGCAAUGGCAAACACUUGCAUAGCAGAUGUUUUGGUGGUGUCAGAGAUGGAACUGUGUUUGUGCUUUCAAAUCUGUGAGCAGCUGCUGUUGCAGUCAUUGUCACAAAGCCAGUGGUAUUAAAGUUCACAAUGAGGCUAUAUAGAAAUAAUUACACUCAAAUUGAAAAUCAUUAACGAAAUAAUGAGGAUUUCUAUCAUCCUAAUCGAGGUGUAGAUUACAUCUCACAUUCCAGUGUUCGAACUUGUAAACAAGGCUGAAUGGGAUUUCUGUUAUGAGCGACUCCGUGCAGCCAAUGGCAAUGUCCACAUUAGGUGUAAAUGCUUGGAGCCACUUGUGGAUUUGACAACUUUAAAACAGUUCGACCUCUGACACCACUUGCUUUCUAAAGCGGAUCUGAUUGAAUAGAGCCCUAAAUCAGUUUCUUCCCUCAUUAAAACACUUAGUUGUAGGCUAAACAAACCUUUGCAAUAUAAGCUUUUGUCUUAAUUACUUCAGUGUUGCCAUGUACAAAGAAAAAAGGUAUAUUCUUGUAUAUAGGUACGCAAAUAUGACUUUUCCUUCUAUUGCCGUACAGUUUGAGACAGUUUGAGACACGUUAGGUUAGCUGUUGAGUCAAGUGUGUGAUUUAAAUUACUAUUAGUGCUGUGUUCUGUUCCAUUUAAGUCAUGAUUCAAUAAAGCUUUAGAUUUGUAUAAAU